UACGAAGCUCCGUCUUCUUCGCCGAGCGUCGUCGUCGUCUUCUAGGGUUUAUCUUUCUCGUCGUCGUCUCUUCAGAUUCUUCAAGGAAUUCGAUUGCUUUUGCAAGAAUGAGACAUGUGUACGUUGGGAAUUUCGACUAUGAUACUCGCCAUUCGGAUCUUGAAAGAUUGUUCAGCAAGUUCGGGAGAGUGAAGCGAGUUGAUAUGAAGUCUGGUAAAACGUUUUCUUGCACUUGUACUCCUUAUGGCGAUCAAUCUGCUGUGUUGUAGUCUCUGUUUGAUUCUGGAAUUUGAGAGCUUCUCAGGCAUUAUUGAUUGAUACUUUUUCUACUGAAGCAUGAAUUAGUGUUAAGAGUGUGGAGAGAAUUCAAAAGGAACCAUGACUGGGGUUGUGUUUAAGAGAGGGAUUCUCGUAUGUAAGUGUUUGUUUGGUCGCAGGAGCUUUCUCUAAAGGAGCAUGACUGUGUUUCCUCUUUUCAUGGGAUUGCCAAUUUCUUCCUGCAAAUAGAUUCCUACAUUUUCUCAUGCCUACCGUUAUGAUGUUGUGCCCACAAUCUUCGCUGAGCCUACAAUCUAUUGCCUUGUUUCUUCACGCCUUUCAUGUCAGAAUGGUGAAGCAAGGCUUAGCAACCAUUCAGAAUUGAACAGAAAUUUGGAUUUUAUUACCUUUUCAUAGGCUACAUUCUACAACUGCACAUCUACAUCUUUAUUUACUACUCUACAUCGAACGCCUCUACUUCUUAUGUACACCAGCCUUCACAUUGAUGCAGGUUAUGCUUUUGUGUAUUUUGAGGAUGAGCGCGAUGCUGAAGAUGCAAUCCGUAGGACUGACAAUACCACUUUUGGAUAUGGGCGACGCAAGUUAUCAGUUGAAUGGGCCAAGGACUUUCAGGGUGAACGUGGGAAGCCUCGUGAUGGAAAGGCAGUCUCGAAUCAGAGGCCUACAAAGACACUCUUUGUCAUCAACUUUGACCCUAUUCGCACAAGAGAGCGUGAUAUGGAGAGACACUUUGAGCCAUAUGGUAAAGUUCUCAAUGUUCGCAUGAGGCGCAAUUUUGCUUUUGUUCAAUUCGCAACCCAGGAAGAUGCAACCAAGGCUCUUGAUUCUACACACAACAGCAAAUUACUGGAUAAGGUUGUUUCUGUUGAGUAUGCCUUGAGGGAGGCUGGUGAAAGAGAAGAUAGAUAUGCUGGCAGUCGAAGAAGGAGAUCUCCUAGCCCAGUGUAUCGGAGGCGUCCUAGUCCUGAUUAUACCCGUCGUCGCAGUCCUGAAUAUGACAGGUACAAGGGUCCUGCUCCUUAUGAAAGACGUAAGAGUCCAGAUUAUGGGCGUCGCAGUUCAGACUAUGGUAGAGCAAGAGCUAGGAGUCCGGGCUAUGACAGAAGCCGGUCCCCGAUUCAAAGAGCAAGAGGUUGAAGAUGUUGUUGGGCGAUGGAUUUUUAGAAUGUAUGGGCAUGGUACAAAAACAAGUUCUUAGUACUGAGUCUUUACCGCUUAUGACUUGAACCGUAUGUGCUUUGCACUCUAUGUGGUGUAGAAAGUAUUAGUAGCUUAUAAUGGCAAUGAUCUCUUUUGGAAUUGGAAUAGUUUCAAGGCAAUCCAUUCAGUUUUUCAGGAUC